GAAGUGGCACUGCUUCCCACGACGGUGAGCAUAGUUUAGUCGCUUCAGUACUGGCUCCACUUGGGUGAGGACGAGGAGGCGGGUGCCGCGCCUGUGGCCUCGCCAUGUGCUCCCUCCGACUCCUCUCUUCCUCGGGUCAACUUCUUCAGGUCUCUUGGCUGAAACCACCUUCCUGGCUCACAUUAAACUGUAAAGAUGGGGUGUGGCCCAUCAAUCCCCAAGAAGUACACGAUAGGCGGCAAGGGGCGAAAGCGAAGGAGCAUCAUUCAGGAGGUUGCAGUAUUCGUGCCUACUGUCCGCAUACCAGUUGCUUCUGACAUAGUCCAUCCGCUCAGGGGGGUGGUUUCUAAGGAUCUUGUCGACCGCCUCUCCUCACUCCGUGCUCAUGUGGUAGAACUGGCCAAAGAAAUCUAUUAUGCGGAUGUAUCAGCUGUUUCAGAGUUGCAACAUGCACUGGAGGAGUACUUGCCAGUAGUUCUUGGUCUAACAAUGAAAGAGAGCCGCCUUGAAUCAUCUGUACAAUUCAGAUGGAAGACCUUAGAUGAUGAUCAGGAGUGUUGUUUGGCCAGUGCAUGGUAUGAGGUGCUGUCGGUCGUCCACAUGAUGGCGAUGCUUGCAUUAUUUGAGGCCAAUCUAACACUCAUUCCGAAAAACGGUCAAGUUGGCGGUGAAAGGAAGGUAUCAGAAGAUGCAAAGAAGGAUGUUGUUGAUUCAUUGCUCAGGGCAUCAGGAUGCUUAGACUACUCUGUGCAUCGCAUACUUGUUCAGAUACCUGCACAAGUCAAGAAGAGCUUUCCUACUUACUUGCAGGAAGGUAUGCUUGAGGCCAUCUCAAUUCAGGCAUUGGCUCAGUGUGUGGAAAUACAGCUUGGCCUGGCUUCUGAAUGUGAAAAGGCAACACUGUCAGUAAAGAGGAGGCUAGCCUGUGAGCAAGUCAGUUAUUUUUCUCAGGCUCACUAUUGUCUGUCAGGAUGCGAUACAAGUGACUCAUAUGGAAAGAAGCUUCUGUUGUUCCUGAAGUGGAAAUGCAUGGAGGCCAAGGCUGUAGCAUAUUAUUACCAUGGUCUCGUACUUGACAAGGGCGGUGAACCGGCCAGCCAUAUCAGCGCAGUCUGUUGCCUCUCUGCAGCUGAUGACCUUCUCUCAGAGGGCAAGAGGGCUUGCUUGAGUUUCUGUUUGGCAAAUCCUGUCACAAGGGUACCACCUCCAUGGGGUGUCAUGAAGAACAUGCACAAGAAAAUUCCAGAUGUUGCGUACAAGAAGUUCCAAGUAUAUGGGCAUCUGUUUGAGAAAGACAAGAAUAGCGCACUUCAAUCGAUUCCUGAUCUACCAGAGUUUGCCCUGUCACUGAGACCGGAAGGGUACGAGUUGCCAAGCACUGAUUCAAUCUGGGAGAAUGUUAAUGGCCAACCUCAAAUUCAGAGCCUGAAGGAGCAUCUGAUCGAUGAUGAAGACGAAGUAGAUACUAAGUGAUACUAGCCACAAUUCCAUAUGCUUCCUCCCAUUGUACUGCAAAAAGUAGAAGAAGUUCUAGUCUAGACUUCAAAAAUGCUCAGUCCAAAAUGUUUUGGAUUCAGCAUAUGCCACAACCACAAAAAAGGAUCGCAAUCUCUUUCUGUAUAAUCGCAAGUAUUUACCAUAUGAUAUAGUAAAGCCUUCUUGUGUAAUAGAAUCACAAAUAAAUAGGAAAGAAUAGUGUCUCUUACUGUCA